AUGGACCUCGCGCGCGACAGUUAUGCGCGGCCGUCGAUGCUCGAGCGCGUAUCGUCCAGCAACAGCCACUCGCGCUUCCCCCUUUCUACCGACUUCUUCCCACCCGUGACGUGCUCAGCCGAACAGCACGCGCUCUUCAAAGAGCAGGCUGAUCGACUGUCCUCGGAAGCCGCGCAGAAAGCUGAGUGGACUGUGGCCUUUGAGACCGGCACGAACGAUUGGAAGCUCCAUAACUCGCACCGCCACUUUCGGGAGACCGGGAUCCGCACCGCUAGCAGACGACGCGACGCCCGUGAUCGGGAUGGCCACCGACAGCUCGAGUUCUGCUGCGUGGGCAGCGUAGAGAUGCCGGUCGACCACUGUCUCAAUGCGCUCUACUCGGACACAACCACGGCCUUUCGCAGCAACUCGACGUUCAUUAUUGAGAGCACGCUGGACGCCGUGGUGCUUAAUGUACUGGAGACUCGAACGGACGAGCAGCCACACCGCUACCUCGGUCUCAAUUGGAUGGCGAGUCGCUCGCCGGGUAUCUUCUCGAAGAAUCGGGACCUGUGCUAUCUCCGAAGUAUGGGCAUGACAGUGGAUAGUCAACAGACAAAGGUUGGGUACUUGGUCAUCCAGUCCGUUGAUUUAACGGAGUGCGCGUCAUUGGAAAAUGCGCUCGGCCUCGUUCGUGGCAAAAUGUCGGCUGUGCUGCUGUUUAAGGAAAAUGCAACGUCUCGCUCGACCGACGUGUUAUGGCAAGGGUCGAUGGGGUCGCCUGGCCACUCAUCCAGCAAACUCAUCCAUUUCGUGCACGAUAUGUUUACGUCUAUCGUUUUAAACCUACACAAGGUCCAGGAAGCGAAGUACAUGGCACGACAAGUGAAGAACCAGAGGGUUCAACGCCAGAUCGCCAGGGAACGCAAACUCUGCUACAUUUGUAGCAGGAAGUUUAACCUGGUACGCGUUCGCUCCCAAUGCAGUGCCUGUGGUGAAAACAUGUGCAAGGAUUGCGAAGUUUCAAGCCGGGCUAGAGCGUUUGACAGCGAAAGCUUCGACGUCCCGACACCGACGAGCCGCCCGGACUCCGUGUUGUUUUGCAAGAAAUGCGUGUCCGAUGCACGUUGCGACAUACAUGGUCAGUCAGGGAUCGUGAACGCACGGGCAAAUUUGUCCAUGCUCUCAGGUUACGACAGCUUCUUCUCUGCUUCAGCAGACGAGGAGGACCUUCACCCCUCGACUGCUGGCAAAAGUUUGAACCACAGCAGUAGAACAAGCACGAGCUCGUUGCAGAAGAUGGCGGCCAACAUGAGCGAAAGAUCCGUUACCCGUAAGGGCAAGCGCUCCGGUUUUGCCUCUCUGUACAUCACGGCAGCAAUUCAAAUGUCCAGCGCUGGCGAAGUCCCUAUGAGUCCCUUGUCGAUCCGAACGGAACGUGAAAAGCAACGUUGUCGAUUGGAAUCCGACCCCAUGGAAGUCUACGAUGGCUUGGACAAGUACGAAUACGACAGUCUAUUGAAAAAAGACGAGUACGAUCCGCAUGAGCGGCUAGAAAGCAGCAGCGGUUUCAACAGCUCCAAGUAUGCGGCAUCGGACCACCGGAGCGGGUCUCACGAAUCUCGUGACAACGAUAUGGCGAGUCGAUUACGGGAUAUCUCCCAGCGCGCUCAGGAGGCUCUGGAAGUCACGAAGCGCAACUCGCACAUGAUGAGUAGUGACACCAGCAGCGCCCCACGUGUGUCUGACCUGACUGCCUUCAAGGAGCUUGACAAGUCCAUUGCCGAGCAGGCCGACUUGCUCAAUGCCAUCGGGUUUGUGAGCACAGGUCGCGUGUAUAUGGAAAACACGGGCUACGAGCAAGGCGGGGUGCGGAUCAGCGCGUCCUCCAGCCUCAUGAGUGAAGCCGAGCGGUUCGAAGUGAUUGCGUAG